AUGUCAAGGACCGCCAAGGUCGAAGAUGUGAGCGCCACCAUCAAUUACGAGUUUCCUGUCCGUAUAGCACUCCUAGGAGGGCCCAAGUCCGGAAAAUCGUCGGUAGUUUCAAAAUUGACAUUGGGCCAUUUUCGUGACACUUACUACCCGACUCAUCUGGUGGUGCCUAUACUAUUUUCGUACCAUGCCACGUCACUGGUGGCCCGAGCCAUCUUGGAUGAACUCGAUACAAAGCAUAGUUUGGGACUUUUGACCUCGGUUUCGUCGGUUAGUCUCAGUCCAGUAAUUUACCAGGCUUACUCCAAGACAUUGAAAUCGGACAAAUUGCCAACCCAAAUCAAGAAUGACGUGUACUUAACUCAUCUGCAUCACUCGGAGACGUAUGUUCCUCCGGAAGUUUCUCCAAUUCUUGUGGAAUUGGUGGAUACUCCAGCAUAUAAUCCCACCAUGGUUGUUCCGUUUCUCGAGGCAUCUUUAUACAGAAAACUCGACAAAGAAGUGCUCCAUAAACUAGCGGAUGAGCCACGAAAACCGGUGCUGACGAAUCCUUUGCUCGUAGCCUCGGGAGCCAGCGAACUCAAUGGGGCAAUCGAUGGUUACUUUUUCGUUUACAGUGCUGUACCUACCAGCAUGCCUCCAGCGUACGAGUCGGCAAUUGACGAUAAUGGUGCUAGCCCCAAGUCCACCGAAGGCAACUCGCUUGCUCUUCUUCCUUCCAUAAAAGAGACCCUUGACGAAGCGUGGAGGGAGUACAAUGCAUUUCGAACAAAGUGGGAAAUGGGUAAAGAAAGUGAUAUGUUUUCGUUGAAAAGUGCCCUCAAGAAUAUGUUCAAAGAUAGGGCUCCAGGGAGCUUGGAAGCACAGCGCAAACUGCUUCGUUCAUUGCAGAGCCAUAGCGAAUUACCACCUAAUCCCGAAGACCCAUCUGACCCCAAUUGUCCUCCCCCAGCAUGGAUCUUGUGCACUCAUGUGAAUAGCCCGUUGGCAUCUCCUAAGCUCAUUGAAGAGGGUAAGAAACUCGCACGAGAUUGGAAAUGUGGAUUCGCAGCAAUUGACUGCGAGGAAGAAGUCGAUGCUGCAUUGGCACUCAUGAUCCGGGAAAUUGUGGAGAGAAAAAAGUUGCGCAAAAGAAGAAGAUAG